CUCUCCGCAUGAGAAAAAGUGUGUUUUCCUGGACCCAAUGGGAGAGACUUCAGGAAAUAUAAAGAGAUGCUCAGAAGCAACAAGGGCAUUCAUGCGGAAAAAGGGGUGUAAUGUGUCCAGAUGGCCCUGCAGUGCUCUGCCACAUGCACGUCAGCGAGACGGUUCAUCAUGUGGCAUUCUUACUUUAAAAUUUGCUGAGUGCAUCUUGAAGGGAGUGCCAAUCAACAUCCUGACCACAGAGGAGGCUGUGAACCAGAUGAGGUGGGAUGUUGCAAUGAAACUUCUUGAAGAAUCAGACAAUCUCAGCAACCUGUGUCAUUAUUGUGGGUUGGAUGAAAAUGAAGACCCAAAUUGGAUCUGCUGUGAUAAUUGUGGGAGGUGGUACCACCAUGAGUGCGUACAGAGGCCGCCACUGCACAAGAACUACCUGUGCCCUGCAUGUAAAUAAAUGUUCAGUUCUUGCUUUUUUUUGUUAAUUGUUGUUUGCAUUUAUUUUUUUAUGUUCUUGUUCAUUUAAUUUGGAAAAAUUCGUUAUUUAUUGAUUAAUUAUUCAUUCUUGUUCUUUUAAUUUGGAGCAAUUUGUUAUUUUUUAGUUUAUUUGUUCAUGUUCUUGUAAUUUUAU